UGAUCAAAUGGUCUUCUGAUACAUUCCAGGAUCAUCAAAGUUAAAGCUCUACAGCUCUCUAAAGCAAUCCAGGUUUACAUCCAAAAGAUGUCUGAUUGCGGCGGCACCCUGAAACAUCACAUUUACGAGCUGCGCUGCAUCGCUGACAACUUAGACAAGGUUUCAAAGGGGACAAAGAUUGCGGGCAUCACAGGAGGAGCUACAACAGUAGCAGGAGGUGUGGCAGCAGCUGCCGGUGUCAUUCUGUCUCCGUUCACACUGGGAGCCUCACUGGCGCUGACCGCCGUCGGGGUCGGAGUGGCUGCAGCCGGCGGCGUCACUGGUGCGUCGGCAGCCAUCGCAAACAAGGUGACCAGUUUCACUAAAUGUGAAUCAGGGGUUUAAAAAUGAAAUAAAGAUUUGACAUUACUGAUACGCAUUAUAAUAUUGUAAAUAGUCCAACACCUUUAAUAUAUUUGUUUGACACUCCGAUAUGGUAGGUGGUGGUGUUGCAAUGUGAU